CCGGUUUCUCCGCUCCCAAACCACACAAAAGCGCAAAAAAAGGCGAAGAAAAAACCCUAAUCAGCAGACUGAAGAACAAUGUCGUCUCUCAUUAACAAAGCGAAGGGAUUCGUGGCCGAGAAGGUUGCGCACGUGCAGAAACCGGAAGCAAGCUUGAAGGGCGUCUCCAUCAAGAACGUCGGAAGAGAUGGCGCCCAAUUCCAUAGCGAUGUCUCCGUCGACAACCCUUACAGCCACCGCCUCCCUGUUUGCGAGAUCACCUAUACCCUCAAGAGCGCCGAUCGGAUCGUGGCGUCGGGGACGAUGGCGGAUCCGGGAUGGAUUGAGGCGAGCAAAGCGACGACGCUAGAGAUUCCAUUUAAGGUGCCCUACGAUUUCUUGAUAAGCUUGCUCAGGGAUAUUGGCCGCGAUUGGGAUAUUGAUUACGUGUUUGAUGUUGGAUUGACGAUUGAUUUGCCGAUUAUUGGGAAUUUUACCAUUCCUUUGUCGACGAAGGGGGAGUUGAAGCUCCCUUCGUUUACUAAUUUCUUCUCGGGGGAUAAGGAUUCUGAUUCCUAAUUUCCCUCAUCGUCCCUCUUCGUCUCUAAGAUCGAGGAGUUUUGUUUCUGUUUAAUGUUUAUGCUGUUAAUAAAGUCUGAUGGGGAUGGACGCUUUGAGAUUACCGACAAGAUCUGAAGUGCUUUUUUUUU